CCAUCCACUUUCCUUACUACAGCAAACUCGGGCGAGGGCGCGACCCCAGGCAGCGAUGGAGAAUGUGGUGGCAGCCAACACCGAGUUCGCCAUCGACGUCUUCAAGACGCUGGGUGCAAGGGAGGCCGGCGGCAAUGUCUUCUUCUCCCCGCUCAGCAUCUCCGCGGCGCUGUCCAUGGUGCUGCUCGGCGCCAGGGGACAAACGUCUGAGCAAAUGUCCAAGGCGCUUUGCUUUGAAGGAGUGAGCGAUGUUCACGAAGCUUUCAAGAGUCUGCUCGGCACUUUGAAAUCUCCCGGGGCGGGCUGCGUCCUGCGUGUUGCCAACCGUCUCUACGGCGAGAAGUCCUUCAGCUUCCUCAAGGGAUUUCUGCAAGCGACUCAGAAGUUUUAUGACGCCAAGUUGGCUGCCGUGGACUUCACGAAAUCAUUUGAGGGUGUGCGGAAGAAAAUCAACGCCUGGGUGGAAGAAAAGACUGAAGGGAAAAUCAAGGAUCUUCUGGAAGAGGGAACUUUGGAUGUCAUGACUCGACUCGUGAUUGUGAACGCUGUUUACUUCAAAGGGAAAUGGACCAAAAAGUUUAACUCUCAAAAUACCACUCAGUGCAAAUUUCAUCUCAACCAGCAAGAGACAAAGCAAGUGCAGAUGAUGUCCCAAAAGAACACGUUUCAACAUGGCUUUGUCCAGAACAUGAAUUUAAAUGUUCUGGAGCUUCCAUAUGUGGGAAAUGCGCUGAGCAUGAUCAUUCUGCUGCCAGCUGCCAUCGAGGAUGAAACUAACGGUUUGGAAAAGCUGGAGAGGGAGCUGAACAUUCAGAACCUUCAAGCGUGGACAUCGCCCACGACGAUGCACUCUGGGGACGUUUUGCUGCACCUCCCACGCUUCCGCCUGGAGCAAAGCUACACCCUCAAUAAGCCACUCUCGAUCCUCGGUAUGGGAGACCUCUUCUCGCCGCUCACUGCCGACUUGUCGGGCAUGGACGGAAACCGUGACCUGUUCGUUUCGCACGUGGCCCAUCGCGCCUUUGUCGAAGUGAAUGAAGAAGGGACGGAGGCGGCUGCCGCCACAGCGGUCACCAUGAAACUGAGGUGUGCCAUGCCCACGCAGCCACCCUUUAAAUUUUGCGCCGAUCACCCAUUCGUCUUCCUCAUUCGAGACAACCGCAACGGUAGCGUUCUCUUCUUGGGUCGCUACACGUCUCCCUGAUGCACGCCGAGGCUCCGAUUCUAUACAGUAGAAACCCCUGCUCUUAACGACGGUAAUUGAUUCCACGGAACCGGUCGUCUAGUGAUUUGGUCGUUAGGCGAGUGUAGAACUAUACGUUAAAUGAUGGAAAUUGUUCCGAACAGCAUCGAAUGUAAACGAUGCUCCCACGCUCAUGAAUGGAUGUCACUGAUUGGCCGAGGCCUGGUAACUUUACACUACACUAUACACUACUAUACUAUACACUAUACAUUGGGCUCUAUGGAGGCCCAUCGUUAAGCAAUUAGUCGUUAACAGGGGUGGUCGAUAAGAGGGGUUCUACUGUAUAUAUUUCAAGGUCUAUUGGCACGUUAAAAUGCGUUAAUGGUAUUGGGACAGUUUUGGUUUAUGGGACACGUUGGUUUUAUAAGGUGGGUUUCACUGACUUAAUCUGCAACAAAAAUCUACGCCACCCGGCUGAAUGAUAUACACAGAGCGUAAUAUCACGUUGCAGUGUCGUAAAGUGGAAAUAUUUCAAUUGAUUUCUGGAAUUAUGUGUUGAUAGUAAUAUUUUUUAUUAUUGAUUAUCAAAUCGAUGCACAUCAGCAAUCGGCUUUCAAUCAACAACAAAAAAUCGCCUAAACUCUUUGUAAUCAAAAAAAGUUUUGCUGGCUGGCUUUUUGCCUGGAUACCCGGCUCAAGUGGACAUGUGUGACUGUAAUGUAACGACGCACAUCUGCGUGAUUACGUCACCUAUAUGUGACAUUGUGGUGAACGAAUAGACAAUCACGUACAAAAUGAGGGAGGGAUCAAUGGACAAUCACAUCUAAAGAACGUAUAAUUUUUCUCGUUGAAACAAAAAUAAAACACGAAAUCAUUGCAAACGGAUGUAUCAGACAACAUUACAAGUAAUAGUUGACUCGAGUGCUCUUUAAAUAUUAUCGACGUGAAGCACCUGGGUCACAAUCGUAAUACAAAUUUCAAGCAGCAAUUGUCCCGCAAGAGCCAGCAAUAGCUAUAGGGUAUCUACAACGCCUAAUUAUUUUUUUUAAUAAACAAUGGGGAAUGGUCUUCUUGGUUCUUUCGGUAAAGUCACGUAGAAGGGAAGUAAUAAAAUAAUAAAAAUUAAGCAUAAUAAAAUCAUUCUCACGACGUUUCGGCCACAACGCAAGCAGCCGUCCUCAAGUGACGACCAGGUCUGUCGGGGAGACAGCGUCUGAAUGAAACACCACCACGCUUGGAGCGUAUAUUUAAGCUGGGUUGGAAGGGGGGAAGGGCGCCUUAACAAAAUAAUUUGCAUAUCAAGAGGAAUUUAGCAUAUUUAUGGGAAAUGCAGGUAUGUGAUUAGUACUACUUGUGAAAUGCUUAGGAGGUUUGGCGGGGGGUUUCAAAGUCAUAUCAUGCCCGUGCAUUAUGCAGGAUUAGCAGCAUCAAAGGGAGGGGAUAGGGGUAGCAUUAAUAAAGGGAAUGAAUGUUAAUAGUAUGUAGCUGCAGUAACUAAACAACCACGUAAAAAAACUAAAGUAUAAACUACAUAGUAUCAUCAGUAUACAUAAAUAUACUCUCCAAUAAGCUGAGCUACUAACAGUAAGUAAUACAUUACAAUUCUAUGUCACAAAAACUAUAAUAUGCUUCCAGCUAAACUGUUUUCCCUUACAUCACACGGGUCUACCCCGUACUAUAUGCUGCCAUAGACAAACCCAACAUUAAAUUAUAUAAUGUAUUACUAUACACCACCCUAUACCUUAGAAUAAUAGUGUAAUAUUACACUAUGUAUUAUUCUAUCCACCCUACUUUACCGAAAGAACCAAGAAGAUGAAUCCCUGCAGUCACAAAAGCUUUAAAUCGAAAAAAAAAUGGGGAAUGGCUCAGCUACUCUCAAACAGUGCAGCUAUGAAUGUUAAAAGAUAAGAAACGAGAUCAAAUGUAACUUCUAACAGCCAUGGCAAACAUGGCACGCCGCUUGUCUUAACAGUGCUAAAAUUACUAUUUCUUGCUGGCCUUAAAAGAUGCCUUCCAACACGUUCCUUCGGAGUGGGCAGGUAGGAACUUGGUUGGACGGCGCAUUCGUGCGAUCCGUGUCACGCGGCGCAAGCUGCGUGGGGCGGCGCGUCACGUGGUGCUGAGCCCGCCCGAAGCGCUCUGUGAAAUACAAAUCGAGGGCGUGGCUAUGCACGACAGACAGACAAAUAAUCCCUGGUGGGCAGUGUGGAACUGUUGUUCCUACCUGUAUUAUUGACGCUUGCAGGUGGUUAUGCCUAAUUUUUGUGGUGUUAUUUGAAUGAUUAUUGCAUGUGGUUUUAACACAAGUUUAUACAUUAUGAAUGUAUAAAGUUUAUUAUCAGCCCGA